CAACCGCAUUGUAUCUGCGCCAAGUUUACGGUCACUGGUGAAACAACAUUAUGGAGUUAUAUGAUCACUUUUAUCGGAUUUUCAUUUCUUCUGUGCUUGUGUUGUUUUCUUGUAUGGAUGUGGUCACGGCCCUUGAAUUCAACGUGACGGUACCAUUCGGAGUAAAACUCCACCCGGGAGACCGAUUCACGGCGUCCUGUAACAUCUGGGGAUAUCCCCCCAUUGACGUCGUCACAGAUCUGACGGUGCACUGGAAAUUCCACGAUAGCUAUAUUUGUGUUUUCGGAGAUAAAAUGGAAGAUGUUUCUGAAAAAUAUCAAUGUUCCUCAGUAACGGAAUAUGACCAAGAAAGCUUUAUUUUAUCAAUCUCAGCGGUGUCUUCAGAAGACAGCGGUAAUUACACCUGUGAAGUCAAGGAAAAGAAGAAAACAUCACCGAUGCCAUCCCUAGUAGAGCUUAUAGUUGUUGAACCUACGACAGUGUUACAAAUCACGGAAAAUCCAGAAACCACCGCCGCCACAACCAUGGCUGCUAAAAACGGAUGUCCUUCAAGUCACUUUCAACACCUUUUAUUGCCUCUGUGUAUCCAAAUAUUGUCAUUUGUUAUCCUACAUAGUAUCUUCAAAAUUUUUACAGCCUGAGUAAUGUUACAUCUGUAAAAUAAUAGCUUUUUAUAAGCGGAAUGAAAUUUGCUGUUAUGUUUAACACUUGUGAUCCCCCUUUUCAAAAGUCGAAUUUGUUUUUUUAAUGAGAUUUGUGCAGAUUUGUAAUUGCUGGAUGUGAAAUUUCAAUAGAAAUGAGUUGCGGUUUACAAGAAGUUUUUAUUUCAAUUUUGUGUCCAACAUAUUUUAUUCAAAUUAAUUAGCCCCCCCCCCCCCCAAAAAAAAAAAAAAAGAGAGAGGAAAGUUUUGUAAAUUUUCCAUUGAUGUAUCUGUAGGAAGAUAUCCAGAUCUCUAUCAUCAACAUGGAUAUGUUUAAAUAUGAUAUGAUUUGAAAUAUUGGCCAGUAAAAUGCCAAUUUUGAUCAAGAAGAAUAUUUAUGUACAUGCAGUUUGUUUAUUAAAAAGUGAAAACGUUUAA